AUGAAAAAACCAAAAUAUUUACAAGCUCAAAAUGUGGUAUCUGGUUCUCUAUUAAAUACUCCGUCGGCGUCUAGAGCAUCUUCGCCACAGGGAAGUGAUAUUAGCAGGCGAAGUACAAGGAAGCAGAGAGGUGGAAAAUCACAUAAAAGUAAAAGAGGAGGAUUGUCAAAUGCUUAUUCCCGAAGAGGGUAUAACCCUCAUGCUGCCGAUUACCAUGAAUCGGAAUAUCACUAUGGAUCCGAUUUUGGAGAUGAAUAUAGUGACAGAUCUGAACCAGAAGAAGAUCGCGCCAGUGAGAGUUCCGAAGGUACUAUUCGUGACGGUGCAGCGAGUGACAGUGAUUUUUCUAUUAGUAGUUACAGUUCUGUUGGUGGAACUCCACGAAAAACAAGUAAUAAUCUUCUAAGGCCACCCAGUCCAGAUCCUCUGUGGUUGCAACAGGAACGUCAGAUUCCACCACUAAUACUUCCACCCUCUUCAGAUGAUUUGAUAAUAUCUCACCAUAUAGUUUUACAAAUAGUAGGAAUAUAUGAAGUACUAAGGCACUUUAGACAUUUGGUAAGAUUAUCACCUUUUAGAUUAGAAGAUUUGUGUGCAGCUGUGAGCUGUGAAGAUCAGAGUAAUUUACUCAUAGAGGUACAUAUAAUGUUGCUUAAAGCUUUGUUACGCGAAGAGGAUGCACAACAGACUCACUUUGGGCCAUUAGAUCAUAAAGAUAGUGUGAAUAUUACCUUAUUUUUAUUAGACAUUAUGACUUGGCCAGAAGUUUUAAGAAUUUAUGUAGAAAGUGAUAAAUCAUUUGAUCAGAACAUAGCUAGGAUCUUAAAUUCAUGUGAAUAUCCUUUUACAACUGUUGAAGAUCGUUUAGCUGUACUACAAUUUUUAUGUAAUCAAUUUUUAAUUACAAAUCCAGUUCGAGAUGAUCUUAUAAGUGAAGCUCCUAUACAGUAUGAUGAUCACUGUCGAGUUUGCCAUCGCUUGGGUGAUCUAUUGUGCUGUGAAACAUGUCCAGCAGUUUUUCAUCUGGAAUGUGUUGAUCCUCCACUAGUCAAUGUACCAUCAGAAGAUUGGCAGUGUGCUCUGUGCAAACAACAUAAAUUAACAGGUGUAACUGAUUGUUUGCCUGAUGCUGAGAAACAAGGACUAUUGUGUCGCCAUGAACAUUUAGGUUUUGACAGACAUGGAAGAAAAUACUGGUUUAUUGCUAGAAGAAUAUUUGUAGAGGCUGAAAAUGGUGAAGUGUGGUACUAUACAACAUCUCAUCAAUUGCAAAAGCUCCUAGAAGUUUUAGAUGCAAACGAAAUGGAAGCCCCUUUAGUAAGAGAACUGUUAGAAAUGAAACAAGAAAUCUUAAGGCAAAUGGAUGUAACAGAAAAUUUAACAGAACAGGCUAAAGGAAAUCGAAAAUCUUAUUUAGAAGUUGAGAUUGCUAAUUUUAAGAAGCAGAAAGAGCAAAGACAUUUGGAUCCAAAAAAUGAAAUUAAACUAGAUGAAAAACGUGAUUCAAAUACGUCAUUAGUGAAUGACACUGAUUUUAUUAAUGAAGUCACUGUUACCAGCGAUGAAAUUGUAAGAGAUGAAAAUGAUGAUGAUGAUGACAAUGAGGAUAAUAAGGGAAUUAAAAACAAUUGUAUGUCUAAGGGAAAAGUACACAUACAGAAGAAAAGUGACGAUGUUACAGAACGGGUGACACGGCUGAAAUCUAAUCAAAUCUCAAAUGGCACAUAUCUUUUUAAGUUGGGUAAUGAGAAUGCUUUCAAAAGUUACAUUAACCAAUAUACUAUUAACCCUCUGGCAUUAAAUAAACCACAAAGAAAUGAGGAGAGGGACAAAAAACGUUAUAUUUCCCAUAAAUUUUCUCUUUCUUCAGGACAAGAAUUUAAAUGGAUUGGUUUAUUAAAUGCAACAAAACCUUUACUUGUGGCAACCCUUAGACAGACAUUAUUCCAGCUAGAAUCUAAUAUAGUAUUACAAUUUAUGCAUCCAAAUUGGACAUUGUUACGGAAACCAUGGGUUCAGGCUGUUCAACUUUGUCAAGCUCCUAGAGACUUCGCCAGAGCUCUCUGUGUUUUGCAGGCUUGUAUAAAAAAUGCCGUAUGGGUGCCAGCGUGGCAUGAACAACUAGGCCAUGUGCGUCUCAUACGCACCACUGCUGCUGAAAGAGAAGAACGCAAAAAACUUGAUAAACGAGAGAAAAAAGAGAGGGAUGAAGAAGAGGAAAGAAAUAGAACAGCUUGCAAUUUUGUUAAAUAUUCAUUAGGCCUCCGACAUCAGGUUUGGAAACAAAAAGGAGAAGAAUAUAGAAUUCAUGGACAGUGGGGAUGGUUAUGGAACUCUGCAACAAGGAAAUACAAAAAGCAUAAUAGCAAUCCAAAAUUAGGCCUAUGUCAUGGACCAGCAAAAAUUGCAGUUAGAGUCAGGGAAGGAAGUAUAAUAAAAGUACUAGCAGUGGAACCAAAAACUUAUGAAUAUUUAACGUCCAAUGAAUCUACUGACAAGGAUGUCAUGGAUAAAUUGCCAGCAUCUAUGAGAAAUAUGAAGGUGGAAAAAGAAACCGAAGAUUUUGAAGAAAUAGAUGUUGAAAAAGCCUUGAGUUCUUCAACAAGGAGGUAUUACCCUAAAAUUGCGAGAAAAUCUAAGUUAGACGAUUAUUUAGCACGUCGUACGUAUUUAAAGUUUAUGGAAGAGAAAAAGUUAGGCAACCUUUUAAAUAACAUAAAAAAAGAAGAUGUGAAAACUGAGGAAGAUAAGAAUGUUGACGUCGAAAGUGAAGAACCAGAUGCAGAACUGACUCCAGCAGUUGUAACAAACAGUGACGAUAGCAGUAAAAAUCUAAGUUUACCCUCUAAAAGCUUCGAGGCUUUAAAGGAAAAAUACCUAAACUUAGCGAAUUUAACUAAACAUUAUAAAUGUUAUUCAGAGAAAUGUAACAACAAGUCAGACUCAUCUGCAGUGGUAUCAGGCUUGAAAGUUGAGUGCUAUUCUCCAACGUGUAUUGAAAAAGGACAGUUAUUAAAUCAGUUAUUAGGUUUAAUAAAAGAUGGUACUAAUAAUUAUAAUUCUUUUUUGCUUGCAAAUUGUAAGGAAAAUAAUAAAGUGUCCAUACUGGAACAAUAUUUGCUAGGAAAGACUUCUAGUUCUAAUGAAAAUAUACUUUCCGACUUACUUUCGGCAGUAGCAUGUGCACAAGAAUGUGAUGUCAAAAGUUCUGAUUGUUUUGUCAAAAGAAAGUCUAGUGGAGAUAGUGAUGUUAAUUGCAAACUUGAAAAAUUUGGCAGUGAUAAUAACAAUUCAAUGUGUCUUAUUAAGUCUGAAAGUACACUCGAAGAAUCUGCUGUUCCUGCAGUUGGAAAUGAAAUGGAUAUUGACAUAACAAGUAAUAGUAAUGAAGACAAUGAAGUCGAAAUAGGGCCUCUCAAGGAGUUGACUGAGCAUGAUCAAAAUUCUACAUCAGAAGAUAACAAGGAUCGACCGCCUAUACCUAAGUUAAAAAUAACUCGAGGCAAGUCUACCAAAUCUAAUUCAAACAUGAGCAGUGAAAAGGGACACGAUCCCUCGUACGAAUGUUCAUUGAAAACAGAAAAAGGGCUACAUAAACCAAAAUAUCGUGCCGUUAUAAACAGACGAUUUGGAUUAACAAGGAGUAUAAAAAAAGAAGACAAAAUAAAGGAGGAAAAAGUUGAUGAUAUAGUAAGGAUUUAUUCCACAGAGAAUCCCAGUGGUAAAGUUUACCUAAAGAGAGUACAAACUGCUGCAGUAGAAAAGAAGAAGAAAAGAACCCCCGUCAAGUAUCCUCUCUGUUCCUCUUUUCAUACGAAAAGCAAAGCUAAAACAAUAAUGGUUCUACCUCAUCAUGAAUUAAAGAAGUUGUGCAGGCAAUCGGGACACAGCACCGUGUCGGGGUUCAGUCACAGCUGCAAGCCCAACCAGCUGGUGUGGCCCUACCCGUGCGCGCGGCCGCUGUUCAAGACCUGCUGGCUGUACCGCACCGUCAACCUGCAGUGGCUGGCCAGCGCCGCGCUGCAGCUGCGCGUGCUGUGGGCCUGCCUGCGCUGGGACGACAUGGCCGCCAAGCCUGCCACCGCCGAUGGCAAGCACCAGCUCACUACUGACACAGAAAUCGUGUCACUCGAACUGUUGAAACAUCGCCAUAUCGGACAAUUCUCUGAGCGCACUCAAUAUCUCCGCAGGAAAGUUGUUAUACCCUUAGAGUUACCCAAAACUGUACGGGAAGUGACGUCUAUUCGGAGCGGAUUACGGAAAAGAAAACGUGCUGAAUCUCCCCAAAAUACCGAACCUCAGGUGUCGGAAGAGUGGGUCGACGAAGACAAACUGGAACUUUGGGAGGUCCGGCAGUACGGGGAGCGCGCGGAGCGGGUGACGCCGGUGACGCGCACGUCCACGGGCAAGCUGCCGCAGCGCAACGCCGCCGCGCCGCCCAACGCCGCCGACCUCAAGGACAAGAUGGAGCAGCAGCUCCGCGAGCAGCGCGCCGCACACCAACAGAAACGAGCCCUGGAGAUGUCAGAAAAAUCGAAAACGACUCCCAAUCAAGUUUCCGGUAAAAGCACUUUGACUUCACUAUUAACGACGAAUGCAACCACACCUACGGGUCAAAAAACUAUAAUCGGGACCAGGAGAAUUAUUAUGACUAAAGGAGCUGACGGCACUACGAGAGUCAUCAGUCAGCCUAUCGGGAGUGCCACUAAAUCGGUUUUAUCUUCUGAUGCGACAAAAUGUAAUGCAACUCCUCAAAAAGACGGACCCCAAAAAGUUCAAAUAAUAAGAACCCCCGACGGCAAAAUAACCGUUCGCGGGCUGCUCGCGGGGCAGCAACUGAUACAGAUGCCUGACGGCAAGUUACACGUGGUCAUGCCCGGGCAGCAGGGCAUAGCGGGGCAACUGGUGGCGGCCUCGCCGGUACCCAAGGUGGACGCCGACGCGCCCGCACCCGAUGCUAAUGAUAAGAUCGCUCAGAAUAAGAGCACCGCAGACAAUGCCGCAUCAAACCAAACGCCUCGAAUCACAAGCCAGCCGGCGCCUCCCACCAUGGUGGCGGGCGGGCGGCACAUCGUGGUGCAGCCGGCGCAGCAGGUGGUGGUGCAGGCGACGCAGCAGGUGGUGGUGUCGGCGCCGCAGGUGGUGGUGCAGGCGGGCGCGCGCGCGCCGCCGCCGCGCGGGCCCGUGCAGACCGUGCUGGUGCCGGGGCAGAUGCUGCGCGCGCCCGCGCCACGCGCCGCGCCUGCCGCCCCGCGCGCUGCCGCGUCGCCUCGACCGCGCCCCGCCGCCACGCAGCAGAUAGUCGUCAACAACCCCGCGCUCGUGCAGCAGAUAGCGGCUGGCAAGAUACAGCUCGCCACGGUCAACGGGCAGCAGGUGCUAAUCCGGCCGACGGGCAACAACCAGGCGCAGAUCGUGGCGCACAUCGGCCAGAGCCCCGCGGCCGCGCCCGUGGCGGUGGCGGCUACGCCGGUGGUGCGCGCGCCCGUGCCCGCCCUCGCGCCCGCCCUGGCGCCCGCCCUCGCGCAGCAGCCGCUCACCGAAGACCAGAUUAUGGAGAAACGACUACUAGCCGGCCAGCCGCCGGGUACUGUUAUUAAAACAGUAACUGCUCAGGUGAUGCAAACUAGCAGUGGCCCAAGCAUAGUUCUACAGGGCCUACAUGGAUACUCUUUAACGCCACAGCAGCUAGCACUGGUUCAACAUCAAGUCAAGCAACAACUUUUAAAAGCACAAGAGUCGACGGGCAAGCAGGGCAUGCUGGGCCCGCGCAAGAUGUACCUGGCGGUGCAACCCACGCCCAGCGCGCCGCCGCCGCUGGCGCCGGUGGCGGCGCCCGCGCUGGCGCUGCCCGCGCUGGCCGCGCCGCCCGCGCCGCCCGCGCCCGCCGCCGGCCACCAGGAUAGUACAGCAGAGGAUAAAAUAAAACGACAACCUUUAUUUAAUGGUGAAGACCAUGUUUCCGAAGCAGUGAGCCAUAAAGAGGCCGUGCCUUCUAAACCGGAGGAUAUACCAGGAAAUAAUACUAAAACCGAUAUAGUUAAUUCAGGUCACGAAGGACCGCAGAGUAAUAAGUUCGUUCUCACUCCUGACUAUAUACAGCAAACAAUUAAAAGCGCAUUGAAGCAGGAGAAUCUCAAUCCUGAAAUAGAGGAGAAAUUGUUACAACUGCAGCGCUACCAGGAGAAGCAGAUGAAGCCGGAGGCGCAGGCGCAGGCGCCGGUGGAGCGCGAGGUGCGCGCGCCGCCCGCGCGCUCGCCCUCGCCGCCGCGCCGCCGCGGCCUCUCGCGCCACGAAGACGACGACGAGUGGGUGGAGAUCAGUCCGCGCAAGCGCUCGCGCGCCGCCCGCCCGCCCACGCCGCCCUCGCCCGCCCCCGCGCCCGCGCCCGCCCCCGCCGCGCCCGCGCCGCCGCGCGCCGCGCCGCGCGCGCCCGUCCCCGCCUCCGCCGCCCCCGCAGCCACCCCCGCGCCCUCCGACGAGCGCCGCCGCGCCGCCUCCACGCACUCCCGCCUCCUCCUGCUCUUCAAGCACAAAGAAAUGCUUAAAAAAGACAUCAUCAAAAAGAGAGGUCUACUUGAAAAGGAACUCGGUGUCGAAAUACAGAAAGAGCUAUCAGCGGAGCUAGCGCUGCGCACGCGCGCCGAGCGCAGCAAGCAGGAGGAGGUGCGCGGCAAGCGGGCGCCCAGGAACAACAAGAAAGGCUCCAAGAAGGAGAAACUCCUCUGCAUAUGUCGCACACCCUAUGAUAAUACAAAAUUCUACGUGGGCUGCGAGCACUGCAGCAACUGGUUCCACGGCGACUGCGUCGGCGUCACGGAGGAGAUGAGCAAGACCAUGGAGGAGUACGUGUGCUCCGAGUGCCGCCGCGCCGAGGAGACGCAGGAGCUGUACUGUCUGUGUCGGCAGCCCUAUGACAAUUCCCAAUUUUAUAUUUGCUGCGACAGAUGUCAAGACUGGUUCCACGGAAGAUGCGUCGGUAUCCUUCAAUCGGAAGCUGACAAUAUCGAUGAAUAUAUUUGUCCGAACUGUCAAAAAAAUAACUCUGUUAAUUAUGCAAAUAUGAAAGAGCUAACAGUAAAAGAUUUUGAAAAUCUUAAAAGGCUCGUCAAACAGAUACAAUUACAUAAAAAUGCUUGGCCUUUUAUGGAGCCUGUUGAUCCUCGCGAAGCUCCCACCUAUUAUAAAGUAAUAAAGGAACCAAUGGAUCUGCAGACUGUGGAAAGAAAAGUGAACGAACAAACUUAUAGUAUGUUGAGUGAGUUUAUUGGUGAUAUGACUAAAAUAUUUGACAAUUGUCGUUACUUUAAUCCUAAAGACUCUGAGUUCUAUCGGUGUGCGGACGGAUUAGAAGCGUUCUUUGCGCAAAAAAUUAAAUACUUUCGUGAAAAGUUAUUUGAAUCAACACAA